AUGUCAGCCCCCGGCGACUUUGACUCUCUCUCUGGCACAGCAGUGACCCUCGACAGUGUCUCCCCCCCUCAGGUCUGGGUUCUUGAUGAGAAACUCACCGAGGAGUACCGGAAGAUGAGCCAGGGCAAGGUAGACCGCGGCGGAGGCCCGCCCUUUGCCGCCGUCAAGUUCACCUGCCACCGCGCCUCCGACCCCGACCAGAAGGGGUUCAUGCGGCUCUAUAUCCAGAUUCCUGUCACAGGCACUCUCCUCGCCCCCGCUGCUGUGCGCGCCCAGCAGGCUGUUCCCCAGCGGACUCACGGAGAGCUGGAGGUCCUCCAGAACCUCGCAGACCAGCAGUGCGAGGCUGUGCCCCCACUCCUGGGAACCUGCCAGAGACAGCAAGGGGACGAGGAGUGUGUGCCGGGCGGGUACGUCAAUUGCGUCGCCUGGGCCCGUGUGGCAGGGGAACCCAUCGACGAGCCGUCGUUCUUCACCAAACACGACCGGCAAUACCGCGACGAGGUGCGGCGUGUCUUCCGCCAGACGUAUCUAAAGCUGGCGAAAUGCGGUUGGCAGCCGAUGCUCUUGGAACUGAAGAAGAUCAUCUACGACGAGGACACCCAGGAGAUCAUCAUCUCUCUCUGCAAGCACAUCGCCGGCUUCCGCGACUUUGACCCCCUGGACCCCUCGCAGCAAUUCACCGACGUGAUCUAUGCCUCCUGGGGACUCGCCAACAUCUCGCCGGGGCCCGACUGGGCUCAACACAGCAGCGACUGGGAGUGGUAG